GGAGGAGCCGGCCGCCGAGCCGCCCCGGCUCAGCUGCCAGCCUCCCAGCGCCGACAGCAGCCCCGACGGCGAGGUGUUCUUCGACACGCGCGACGAGAGGCUGCGCCGCGCCGCCUCGCGCCACGACGGGUCUAAGCUUGGCCCGGCCAGAUCCGUGGAGAAUCUUUCUCAGGCGGUAUCAUCCCCACAUCUGCCCGUGCAUGAAACCAAUGGGUCGCAGGGCACGGCGCCGCCGCUGCAGCGCUCCAACAGCAGCCACACGCCGAGCGGUCUGCUGGGCCGUGCCGGCGGCGGCGGCCAGCCGGGUCUGAGCCCGGACCGGCCGGCCGGCUCUUCGGACGCCAGCCUCGCCGAGCUGGGCAGGCAGGAGCUGGGCAGUGAGGCGAGCCUGGCGACCCCAGCCCCGACGCGGCCCGAGUCCACCCGCUCCUCCGACUCGGGCCGCAAGGACAGCAAGCGCGCGCGCCGUACGCCAUGGUACAGCCUGCUCACCAACACGUACAAGCAGCGCUGCGACGACUUCCGGCGCACGUUCGACGUUCCGCCGGACGAGCGCCUCAUUGUCGACUACUCGUGCGCCCAGGUGGACGUCGGCAAGAUGAUCUACCACGGCCGACUGUACGUCUCACAGAACUACAUCUGCUUCACCUCCAACAUCUUCAAGUGGAAUGUCUCUUUCUGCCUGCCGCUGCGGGAAGUGCGCGCCAUCACCAAGAUGAACGUGCUGGUCUUCCCGUCGGGCAUCAACCUGGAGACGGCCACCGAGAAGUACGUGCUGAGCUCGUUCGCCUCGCGCGACCGAGCCUUCGUCAACAUCGAGAACAUCUGGCGCAACUGUAUUGAUAAACAGGUGCUGUCGGCCUCGCAGCUCUGGCAGAUGGUGCAUGAGCUGUACGGCUCGGAGCUCGGUCUGACCAGCGACGACGACGACUACGUCGACCCCAGUGCCGAGGACGACUCCUCCAACAAGGCGCGCGUGCGCAAGGCGGCCAGGGAGUUUUACCACUCAGUGGGCCGACUGGAAGCGGACUCAGCGGCGGGCAGCGACGCGCCAGCCACGGCGCCACCGUCGCCGCCCAGCCAGCUCCGUCCCGGCCGCGAUGAGGAUGAGUCGGACACAACCGAGGACGACCCAGCGGCCGCCUGCUGCGACGGCAGCCAGCACACGGGUCGCCACGUGACGUCACUAGAGCUGCCGCUGCACGUGGACCAGGUGUUCACGCUGCUCUUCACCCACUCCGACUUCUCCGAGGCGUUCCAUCGCGAGCGCAAGUAUUACGACGUGGUUGCCGGCGAGUGGCAGGAUGGCGAGGGAGGCACCAAGGUGCGCAGCAUCCGCUUCCAGCUGGACGUCAACCACCCGCUGGGGAAGACAACCACCGUCACUGAGGAGCAGACGAUGCACCCCGUCAGCCAGGCGGGCUGCCUGUACGCCGUUGACUCUGAGGUCAACAACACGGGCGUGCCGAUGGCGGAGGUGUUCUACAUCAUCAAACACUACUGUCUCAUCAAGCUGUCCAGCCGCAAGACCCGCCUCAACAUAUGGUGCCAGACCAAGUUCAAAAAGUCCACCCUGUUCAAGGGCUUCAUCGAGAAGACCUCCAACGACGGCAUGGACGAGCACCACAGCGUGCUGAACCAGAUGCUGCUGGAGACGACCGGCGAGGUCAGCAAGCACAAGCGGGCCAAGCGGCGGCGCGCCGGCAGCAAGGGCGGGGGCGCUGACCUGCUCAGCGACGGCCCGGCGACACUCAGCCCGCGCGGCGUGAAGGGCGGCGGCGCGCCCGGCGAGCUACGGCCGGCCGCCUCCGACCGGCUGCUGCUGCUCGUGCUCGGCUUCAUGCUGGUGCUGGUGCUUAUGAACGGCUACCUGUACCUGCGCAUGUCGCGGCUCGGCGAGCAGACAGAAGCGUUCGCGCACCGGGAGCUGCUCGUGGCGCAGAUCAAGGGCCGGCCGCGGAGUGUGGACGACUGUCUGCGGCUGGUGCAGCACCAGGAGCUGCUGCACCGCUCCGAGCUACACAAGUGGCAGCAGAUCGUGCACUCGGUCACAGCACUGCUCAAGCAAAGCGAGACGGCGCUCGGCUCCCUGCAGGCGACGCUGGAGUCCCACCGGGCGCGCGAGUGGCCGUCGCCGCCAGGUCCGGGUCCGGACGCGGCGGGUCCGGGUCCGGGUCCGGACACGGCCACCUGCGACUUGGGCCACAGCUGUCCGGUGGGCAGCUAGUGCGGCACCGACAGCAGGCCGCACCCGCAACCGACGCACCGACGGAGCGCCGACGCUCUCGGACGGCACCGCGCCGGCGGCGCUGCGCACCGCUGACCCGUGUCUGUGAUAGCCUACUUACUCGGCGGGCUCCCAGGUCACACCGCUUCAGGGCACGUUCACGCGUGCGGUGCGAGUGUAUCUGUUUGUCUGUCUGUCAGCCUGUCUGCCGCACUCGGCGGAGGACCGGCGCCCCCCGCACGCCCUGCCCGGCUAGUGAUUGUUGUCUGGUUAUAGGAGUUUUAUCGAACGUUGGCUGGCGUACCUGGAAGUGGGCAAUAAUGCAGUUGCAACAGAGGAGAUAGGAUAUCGCCGCAGGCUGCCUGCGGCGCCAGCUCGGCGAGUCACGCCUGAUAUGAAGCCGGUUUGGUCCGGAGGUUGGUGGAGCACGGCGGCGCACCCAGUUAGGAGUGACGCCGAAGACGUUGGACGUUACAGUCGUAUUGGUACCUAGUACGCGCUGUUGGACCCACACGUCAGUAUUGGUGCGCAGGCGCCGUCCCAAAGCGGGGUCGGUAUCGGCCGGAUGUCUGUAUCAUGUAAGUUACCAGCUGGUUGUCUGUGGCCGCUGGCGGUCUGUCGCCAGCUGUCCAGUCAGCUGCCGGCCGGUCAGAUCGUCCUGGGUGGACCGUCGCCUGCCGUCGCGCGCCGACGAGCCGCAAGGACGACCGGCGGGGGUGCAGCGGCUGGGUGGCCGAACCCAUCCCAUCUGGUCUCCGCGCCGUUUUUUUCACGCGUCACAAAAUCAAUACGAGGUUCCUGUGUCUGUCCUCUGCCGUGUACUGUCGUCGGAGCCGGCGGCCGUCGCCAGGUCGCUUUUGCCGCCGGCGGCGCUGGCCUAUGCGCCCCCUGCCCCUGUGCACACGCCGGCUCCGGUCGCCCCUCGCAAGGGACAGUCGGUCGCCGCCCGUGCCUCGUGUGCCCGUCUGCGCCGGGCGGACCCGCACGCCGGGUCACCAACCGGUCGUCGCGGGCUUCAGCCGCCCGACGCGCUCAGGAGGCCCGACGCGCCCUGGAGGCCCGACGCGCCCUGGAGGCCCGAUGCGCCCUGGAGGCGCGAUGCGUCCUGAGAGCUUGACGCGCCCUGGUGGCCGGUUUACCGGCCCCUGUGCCGCUGGCCGACGACACCCGCCACGCGUUGUAUCCGCGCGUGGACGCGUAGUUGUGAGCCUGAUCCCGUAUAGGGCAUGUAAUAAAUCAUGUAUGUCUUU